AUGAGUGAUACCGACAAGAUAGUUUCAGCUUUUUUCGCAUCUCCGCAAAGUUAUCGAUCUGAAGAGGUUGAAGAUAACGACGAUGACAUUUGUGAGGAAUUUUUAAAAAUAAUAGGUGACUACAAUGAAUCUCUUAAAAACAUCAAACUGCCAGAAACAGUUACACAUGUAUACAAUCCUACCAUCUAUGCUAGAGAUACUUUUGAAAUGUAUAUUAGAAAAUAUUGUUGUACAAAAAAGAAGAUAAUGUUCUUUGGUAUGAAUCCUGGUCCAUGGGGAAUGUCACAAACAGGAGUACCCUUUGGAGAAAUAUCCUCAGUCCGUGAUUGGCUUGGUAUUGAAGGGUGUGUUGGAAAGCCCUUAGAGGAAAAUGCUGCUCGCCCAGUUAGGGGUUUUGAUUGUACUAGGACAGAGGUCAGUGGCAAAAGAUUUUGGGGUCUAUUCAAAAAAUUGUGUGGUUUUCCAGAAGUUUUUUUUGAGACAAGUCUUGUCUAUAACUAUAUUAAUCAACAGUGGAUGAACAGCAAAGGAUGCAAUAUUACACCAGCUGAUUUCAAAAUGUCACAAAUGGAAUCUCUUUAUAAUAUUGGAGAUCUUGUAUUUGCAAAUGUAUUGAGACUGUAUGGAGUUGAAACUGUUGUUGCUAUAGGAAGGUUCUGUUUAGUAAGAGCACAGAAGGCUAUUUCACAGUAUAUUCUGCUUAAAAAUGUUAAGGUUAUCUACUUACCCCACCCUAGCCCAAGAGUUGUAAACAAUAAUGAUUGGGAGGAGAGAGCAAUAUCAUGCUUAAGAAAUAACAACUUAUUACAGUAUUACUGCAAUGAAGACUUGCCAGUACUCCAACAAAAAACUUAA